GGUGAUUCAGCCGCGUGGCCGCGCCGGCCAGGGCGGGGGGCGCGCGCCGCUGCUGAAAGGCAGGUCCCGGCGGCGUCCUCUCGAAUCGCCCAGUAGGUGCGCCUCCCGGGCGGAUUCGGGCCCCGAGGGCCAGAGCGCGGCGGGGAGCGGCAGUGCUGGACUUCCUGAUUAUUGUGUCUUCCUCUGCCCCUGAAUCUGAACAUGCCUGCUCCUCCUCGGCUAACUGGAGUAAAAAGUUUAGGAUUGUUUUCUGAUCAAGCAGACAGCUCAGCAUAGAAUCCAAGAUGAAUGUCCACCGUGGCAAUGAGAGCGACAGGUUAUUGCGGCAGGAAACCAGCUGCCUGAUGGAUGAAACCUCAGCUGCAGCCCAAGAAAAAGAAACAAAUAGCCUGACUUCUCCUGGUCUUCAAAAUCUUGCUUAUCCUCUAGUUCCCAGGAAUGAUGACCUUGCACUUGACUACGCCUCUCAGCCAGCUAACCUGCAGUUCUCUCACAUAAUGCCACUUCCUGAAGACAUCAAAGGAUCCUGCUUCCAAAGCGGGAAUAAGCGGAACCAUGAAUCCUUUAUUGCUCCAGAACGAUUUGGAAACAGCACUGUGGGCUUUGGGAGUACCAUUCAUUCCCAGGCACCAGAGAAAGUGACACUUCUUGUAGAUGGUACGCGUUUUGUUGUGAAUCCACAAAUUUUCACUGCUCAUCCGGACACCAUGUUGGGAAGGAUGUUUGGACCAGGAAGAGAGUACAACUUCACAAGGCCCAAUGAGAAAGGAGAGUAUGAGAUUGCUGAGGGAAUCAGUGCAACUGUAUUUCGAACGGUGCUGGAUUACUACAAAACUGGUAUCAUCAAUUGUCCCGAUGGCAUCUCUAUCCCAGACCUUAGAGAUACAUGUGAUUAUCUCUGCAUUAACUUUGACUUCAACACUAUCCGGUGUCAAGAUCUGAGUGCUUUACUGCAUGAACUGUCUAAUGACGGUGCUCACAAGCAGUUUGAUCACUACCUCGAAGAACUGAUCCUGCCCAUCAUGGUGGGCUGUGCCAAGAAGGGGGAGCGAGAGUGCCACAUUGUUGUGCUGACGGAUGAGGACUCUGUGGACUGGGAUGAGGACCAUCCCCCACCCAUGGGGGAGGAGUAUUCCCAAAUUCUUUAUAGCUCCAAGCUCUACAGAUUUUUCAAAUAUAUUGAGAAUCGGGAUGUUGCUAAAACAGUGUUAAAGGAACGGGGCCUGAAAAACAUUCGCAUUGGAAUUGAAGGUUACCCUACCUGUAAAGAAAAAAUUAAGCGAAGACCUGGCGGCCGGUCUGAAGUAAUCUAUAACUAUGUGCAGCGCCCCUUUAUCCAGAUGUCGUGGGAAAAGGAGGAAGGAAAGAGUCGCCAUGUGGAUUUCCAGUGUGUUCGAAGCAAAUCCCUCACUAAUCUGGUAGCUGCCGGAGAAGAUGUCUUGGAGGACCAGGAGAUACUAAUGUAUCACCCACCGCAAGUGGAUGAACUUGACCGGCUAAAUGCCCCCCUUUCUCAGAUGGCUUCUAACGACUUUCAGGAUUAGGGCCAGCUGUGGUCCACCCCUCUGCGGAGCUCUUCUCUGUCUGGGUUGCCCAAAGCCAGUCCUUCCCAUGAGUCAGAGACAUGCUUCUCCCUCAUCCUUCCCUUUUCUCCCCCAGUUAACGUGUGUCCUUUUCAGUAUGUCUGCACCUCUGGCAGAGGAUGAAAAAGCGCUCACUGGGAAUUAAGCGACCAGCUUGGCAGCAGCCCUGGCAACUUGAAAAUUUAGGUCUGGUGCUGUUCACUGAGUCUUUGCAUAACUGCAAAGCAGGGAAGGAAGUCAAAACCCCUAUUGCCUCAUAUUCAGCAAAGCAGGUCUCAUCCUUUAUGCUUUGUUCUUGGCUUUUGUUCUGUUUUCUUUUAUACCAGGCACAUUACUUAGCAGCAAAGGGACCAAACUGAAAAGGAGACAAUCUCUCUUCUGCGAGUAGGCAUUAAUGGGAUAGUGGUUAGAGGUAAAUGAAGAUGCUCUUCCUGGUGGCACCUGCACCCAGAUUGCAUCUGGAUAGAACUAGGCUUAUUCAGGAUGUGUAAAAGGAAAUUCUUAAGCACUUAAAUUCAGUUUUGUUUUUUCAUUAAUGCAGCAAACAACCCCAAACCACACAGACAGAUUCUGUGACAGGAAGGAUAAUGGCGUAACAGGGUUUAUGAACCCUUUUUAGCUUCAUGGUGUUUGAGCCUAAAUCAGUUAUUCAUUUGUAAUGAAACCCACAACUCAAGUAGAAGAGCCUCUCCACAUCAGGCCACUUGGAUUAUCCUGGUUUAGAAUCUGGUGCAAAGCCGUAGGUCUGUGGGUGAGGCUGGGAGCCCUUAGAUAUGGCUACAGGCUUUCAAGAUGUGGGCAGAAACUUCUCACAAGUGCUCAGUUCUCACUAGAAAGACUUGUAAGAGCUCCAGGGAGGGAGCACUUGGGGCAAAGCUGGGGGCGGAAACCACCUUCCCAGGCCUUGUCCCAGUACAGGAUUUUUCUUUGUAUAUUCUUUUCAUAGUAUGGAGUUUUUCAUACUAUGGGAUAUUUCCGUUUUUGAAAUAGCCUAUCAGCUGCUCACACUGGAUAAGAAAAACCACACUCAUGUCAUCCCCAAAGGAAGGAUGAGUUGAAGGGAAAGGAGACGUAGUUUUGUGUGAUCUGUCCGCUGUAUUAACCGUGCAGAGUGCAUGACAACCCAGGUCUGUCUCCCCAGCAGCCCGUGCUGAACCACCUUCCUUCACGUCUCCAUGGCUGCUAGCAGUAGAGCUGAAUUUAAAGUCUAGAGCCAGAUGUUAAGUGUCACGGGGUUAUCUCCUGUUUUGUGUUAGAGGUCAGCCUUCCACUCACCUACCCAGAGCAUUUCCUCAUCAGAUUACAAGAGGCACAUGGUUUCCUUCAGGCUCUUCAAGAUAAGAAAGGACUGGUUUUCUUAGGUUCCAUAAGAUACUGCAGGGCAGGCUACUUGAUUCCGUUUAUUACUGCCCUCGUCACAACCCUCCAAAGGUAAAGUGAGAUGGGUGUUGAAAGCUGCUCUUUCCAGGCCUGAAUAACAAGAGUGUUAAGUGCUUUCUCUGCAUGUGAUCAUCAGAGAGCAUCAGUGGAAAUCGGGGCUCUGUUCCUUCCUCUGAAGACGUAACGAGUGAAAUGGAACCAUCCCCUUACAGAGCUCUGAUUACCACUGGCUUCCGUUGUAAGGCCAAUGGCCAGGGUUAGGGUUAUUUUGUAGCCAGAGAGUAGUUUUAUUUCUGUGAAACUAAUUGGCUCAUAUCUGAGGUCAGGUCGGGCUUGAACCUUUAUCAGUACUUCCACUCAUGCCCACUAGUAGUUGACCAGCCCAGGUAAUUGUUUAAUGGUGCUUCCUGACACUUUUCAGUUGACUUCCAUGUCAUUACAAAGGAAAUUUGCAUUGACUGUGUAAUCUAUGAUAACGUAUAAUGUCUGUUAUAUAGCUUAUGUAUUGUUAACAUUUAGUAAGUGUAAACACGCUGCAGCUAACUCUUAAAACUAACUUAGUCUUUGCUUAGGUAAAAAGCCAGAUACGAAAGUGUGGCAUGUACAUAACACUUUUUCUAUGUAAAUGAUUCAUUUCCUCAGGCUUUCAAGAACUAAGAUAUUUUUCCCCCAGAUUGGGUUAAUGUGCUUUUGACCCCAACCCUAUGGGGUUUGAGUAAACCAAAAAUCUGUGGAUGAAAAUCUGCCAUGGUCACCAGGUGGUGGUGACUAAGGAAAAAACUGGGCCCUCAAAUUCCUUCUGGUGAAGAGGGACGUUUCCUGUGCACCCCACGCCCUCCCCGCCUGGAGCUCAACUAAUUUGGUGGCUCCCCUCAGCCAUAGCUGCCGUUCCCAGUGGCAGGACUGCUCAGUCCUCACAGGGACAAGGGCUGGACUGUGGUCAUUCCCUUUAGUCAGUUACUGGCCACCUGGGCAAAAGGAGGCGUCUCUGAUAAAAAAGGUGGGACUCAGGUUUGGUGUUUUUUCUAAGUGCCUAAAUAAGUAAGCCAGGCUGUUUAUACAGAAACAUUUCCAGGAGGAAAUGGUUUUACCCAGACUGUCUUACUUAGAGGUGUCUCAGCAAGCCAAGAUAAACCUGAAUUUGAGGUUUAGAAUGGGAGUUUGUGUCUGCAUCUUCUCAUGUAUAGUUGGUUAGGAAACGUUUGCCAUUGAGUCAGAAGCAGUGGGCAAGGAGACAGCAUUAAAACGUGCCUAGUGAGAUUACUUAAUGGUUUCUCCACAGUGGAGGGAAGGGAUUGAAAGAAUGACAGCAAAAAGGGUAAGAAAGAAAGUAGCUGGGUUUACUGCACAUACAAUAUGCAAAAGCCAGUAUUAUUUUAAACUAAAAUCCAAGAAAAUGGUGUGAUAUCUAAUGUAUACAAGUCUAUGAAAAUACUGGGGAAUAAGACCAGGAAGGAUGGAUAUAUCUGCAGUGUUCCAGUGGGUCCUUGUGGAAGUAAAAUCACACCACAGGCUUUAAUUUAAUGUGGAGUCUUCUGGAGUUAAAAUAGAAAGUUAAGGGGUUUUAGUAAUUUUUCCAGUGCCACUUCUUGCCAUCGUUUUCACAUUGUUGAAUGGGCAUAGUGAGUUCAGAAAGCAGACCUGAUGCCCUCAUGGGAGAUGGAGCCACAUACGUGCUCAGGGUGGGACCGCCUCGCAGAACGGAACAUUUUCUCUUGAAGGCAAAAUGCUUAUACGUUUUGCCUCUUUAAUUUGUAUUUAAAGUUGCACAUGUUCACCUACCAGUGUUUACGAAAUCCUAUAUUUAGGAUGCUUUUUUUUUUAUAAUAAAAUAUUAUCAUUUGUGUC